CUAGAAGUAGUAGAUAUAUGAAAAGGAUUUCCUUUUGCAGUUUUAUGUAACUUUCAGACCCAAAGGCAAGAUGAAUCUAAUAAUCUCUGUCAAAGUUUUUGCAUGACUUGAUGGCAGGACACGUGGCUGGGGUAACUGCCUCUGACUACAUGGAUAAUGGAUCUAGCCUCAUAUUACAUAAUGUUAUACGGUCACCUAUGAAUACAUUUAUUGGACCUAGUUGAAGUUCUAGUGUUCCAAUCAACUUGCCUUCUCCUGCAAGAGUGGCAUCCAUUAGCAACCAAUUUAACCUUCAGGAGCCAAACCACACUCUGGAUGAAAUGAAGUUUGGGAACCAGUGCAUUACAAGUUUCCAUCCCCAUUCCUUUCACAAGUAUCAUGAUAAUUUAGCCAAAAGCCUUCCAUCCAACUCCUCAAGCACCAUUCCGGACAUGUUUAGUAGUUUUGCUUCCCAAAUGACUGAUGGACUUGAUAAUAGGAGCAUUCAUGGAGCAUUCAUGGAGUGAGCACAAAUGGGCACCUGAUAGAACCUAAUGGAGGGGUUUUUGGAUCAUCUGGUAAUGGAAGCUGUUUGCUUCAUGGAAAUCAUUAUGCAUGGAACAACUCCAAUUCACAUCAGCAGCACCCUUCAAGUGCCAGGAUUUGGCCCGAUUCACCCUCCUUUGUCAAUAGUCUUCAGCAUAUGCUUGCAUUUCCUAGAGUACCUCCUGUUAUGCUGAAUGCAGCAUCACCUGUACACCACAACAUUGGGUCGGCACCACCAGUUAAUUCACCAAUAUGGGACAGGCGACAUGCCUAUGCUGGGGAAUCUCCUGACACCUCUGGUUUUCACUUGGGAUCUCUAGGGAGUGUUGGAUUUCCUGGUACUUCUCCAUCACACCCUGUGGAAAUUGCUUCUCACAACAUUUUCUCACGUGCUGGUGGAAACAAUGGUGUGGUACGCUCUCCUCAUCAAAUGUGUCACCUUUUCCCUGGAAGAAACCUUGUCGUAUCCAUGCCAGGUUCUUUUGAGUCUCCCAACGAAAGUGUGAGAAAUUUCUCACACCGUAGAAAUGAAUCAAAUUCUAAUAAUGCUGAUAAGAAACAAUAUGAACUUGACAUUGACCACAUCAUACGUGGGGAAGACAGCAGAACAAUGUCGAUGAUAAAGAAUAUUCUGAACAAGUAUACCUCACAGAUGGUUCUGGCUAGGAUAAAUGAGCACUGUCAAGGAACCUAUGAUUUCAUUUAUUUGCCAACUGACUUCAAGGCAUUUAAUGGCAAAAAAUGGGAAAAGUUCAACAGUGAAAAAGUGGCAUCGCUUACAUAUGCUAGGAUUCAAGGAAAAGCUGCUCUUAUUGCCCAUUUCCAGAACUCAAGCUUGAUGAACGAAGAUAGGCGAUGCUGUCCUAUUCUUUUUCAUACUGAUGGCCUGAACACUGGUGAUCAGGAGUCCUUUCCCAUGGGUACUAACAUUCGAUCAAAACCCAAAAAGCCUCGAACAACCAGCCCUGAGAAAAAUUGCCGAUGUAGCUCUUCAACUUCAGCUAAGGGGGAGGAACCUUCCAAUGGGGUAGACUCUUGGUCAGGUUAUCUUAUGGAUUCUGAUUGAGCUGUCUGCUUUACCAAGCACUAAUUGUGGAGUAGCAGUUUUGAUAACCCAAAUGUGUUUUGGAACUAUAGUUUCCUGGCCGUUUCAUCUGUUUCUAUGAAAAUUUUUGUAUGAAUGGUCGAUAUGAGCAUAGAGAACAGCUUAAAAAUGUUCUCGAGUUUAUGCAUGACUCCAAGGAUCCCUGCUGUUCUCAGUUUUGUAUACUGAUGUCUCCAACUUUAAUUUCCUUCUCUUUUGCUUAAGGAAGGAGAGAGAUGUGUCAUAAAGUAUUUUAGUAAUU